GGUCACUCUUCUCACUUCACUCAGGGCAAGCCUCAAAGAUUCACAUUAUCGCAUGAUAUUACUAUAUAUUUUUUAUUCUUGAAUCGCCUUCGCAUUAACGUUUGUGACUUUUCGCUUCUAUUAACAUUAUCCUAUGGGUGCUACUGAAGGCGCAGCGCAACCCGGCGCUGGCUGGGACGAAGCGCAAUGUACAGCAGCACUCGCACAAUUGGAGCAGCUCCAGGCGCAGAUCAACGACAUGCGCCUAGCUAUCCCGCGCAUCAUCGAGCCUUUCCAUCGUCCUCGGAGUUCCGCGACUUAUAAGCUAUAUGUUGAGGGCGUGAAGGGUUCCCAGAACAACCUGAAUGCGCUCACGAAACAAUGGAAAGACCCCGAUAUGCAGAGCACAUUCGAGCACGUCAAGCAAAGCUUCGGCGCAAAUGCGGAUCUAUCGGAAAGCGUCUCCAUGCCCUCCCACGGAUGGGUAGAAAGAGCACGGAAGGCAAAGGAGUCGUCAAAGAGCAAGGGAUCUGAAAACGUAGAUGAUGCCGGUGCCACACUCACUGAAGAGGAUGUAUCUCGAAUCGUGGUGGAUUUCCGCAAGGCACACCCAACUCUAAAAGUGGAGGCACAAGAUGAUGAUCGCAGCAUAUAUAUGCAGUUCGUUUCCGGUUCUCUCAUGCUGAAAUUCCGUAUUGGCAUCGAGCGCGAAGCAAACGGACGCUACAAACUUAACGCCGAGUGCUUGGGUACAACAGAGCCCUUUUUGGCCAUCACAAGAUGCAUUGCAUCUCGGCCAAAUGCUGACGAUUUGAGAUAUCUACUGGAUAUGAUUGCUGCAUACAAGACCGUGAAAGGAACUUCGUGUGCCAGGUGUGGAAAACUUCUCGACAAGUCGGCACUGACACCCACCGCAAGACGAAGCAAACAGGUCGCCAGCACGACUGAGACUCCUCAAACUAUAUGGGAAGCGACCCACGAAGGCUGCAUCUGAAAGACUUUUUCCAAUUAGCAAGGCAUUACGACAC